AUGGAAGAGGACCGGGACACCCAGGAUUUGGGCGAUAUUGAUACCCAGGUCAAAGGUUUGCGCAGCGGCUCGACUCGGCUGCGUACAGAUAUCCUCAAACGAAUCCUCCACAAUGUCGAGAGCACUCCAGGUGAGGAAGAAAGCAGUGAAAAUUACCUCCUAACCCUGUUACCACAUGUCCUCGAGACAUAUCCUUUGUACAAGGAUCGUCUCUCACGCAAGGCUGUCGAGAAUGUCCUUCGAGCCUACCUCCGCAACCCUUCGAUCGGCGGUAGCUGCUGCAAAGCUUUCGUGACGUUUCUGGUUCGAGAGUCCCAGAAACCGGUCGUCGCCCCGAGCAACGCAUUUGUCCUCCUCGAAUGGUGUUGUCUAGCGCAAGAAGAGCUGGCAAAGAAUCCAGCAUGGGUGGAUACAUUUCUUCCGAAACUCUGUGCUGCCGCGGCCGCUUGUCUUGACAAGACCGAAAACGACAAUGUGAGGAAUAGUGUGCAGCACAGCUCCCUAGUCGCUGCGAGACGUGGACUACGCGCUGUGCUCCGAACCGACCUGGGAAGCAAGGCACUACCUGCAGUCGUCAAUGAGCUCACGUCGGGCUCUUCAACGAGCGCAAAGAACGCCCAAUACCUGGGAGUGGUGGCAGGGGUGAGCUUUCGCAUCCCGGAGCGCAAAGAACAACUUGGUCAUCUGUCCAGCCAUGUUCUAGACUUCUACGUCAAGCAUGUCCUCAACUCUAAGACUGCUAUUGCCAGACACCAAGCAUAUGGUAUGCGCGACUUCUUCUCUGGUUUCGUUGGGUACAAGGAAAUGAGCGAAAUGCUGAUGCCGGCGAUCGAAAAGAGCAUUCUACGCUCCGCCGAGGUGGUGCUUCAAGGUCCACUAGUUGCCCUGGCCGAGUGUCUGGAGAAGCAUGUAGACAUCAGCGCCCUGGUUCAGUCGAAACUUAUCAAGCCUCUCCUCUCGUCUAUGGCUUCCACGAACGCUAACAUUCGCGAUGGAGCCGGCAAAACGCUGGCAGCGUUUUUGGCACGCGGGGUGGAUGAUACUGCUUCUGCCCAGAUUGCUGCAGACCUUACUUCUGCACUCAAAGCUGCUAAGGUCGCUAACCACGAGCUCCGAGGGCUCAUUUCAGAUGCGUUGCUUGCAAUCUCUCCAGAGCCAAAUGCCUCCAAAACCAUUGUCGAAAGCCUCCUACCAGCCGCUGCCAAGGAGGUGAACGAGGUAUCAUUGAGAAAGGAACUGAGUGCAAUGGCGUUGCACCUGCCUGCAGUAGUGCAGUCUGGCGACCUGAGCAAGGCGACUUCUGACGCUCUACUCAAGAACUGUAGUGACAAGCGACCGGUCUUCCGCAAGUGCUGGCAUCUUUGCUUUGCAUCUGCGCUGCUCUCGCUCAGCCAAAUUCCUGCUGAAGGCCCUUCUCGAGAUUUCGUAUCAACUGCCCUUGGAACCCUGAAAAAGAUAUACGAAGAAAUAUUGGCAAAUCCGCUACCUGCUACUCAGACCGGCAUUGUUGCUGCGGCCUAUGCACUGCCCGCUCUACUGGGAUUGGAAGUUGCAAAGGCUCAGGAUCUAUCGCAAAGCCAGAUUUUCGGCCAGCUUCUCAACACACCCACACCGUCCUUUCUGCUCAACUCCAGGGUGUAUUCGAAGCUGAGCAAUGCUGAAGACCAGCUUUGGGCACUCCGAGCAUUAAGGGGUGUAUGCGUGGGCUUGGGAGAUGCGAGUGAAGCCAACUCUAGGUUAUGGGCGCGAGCUAUCCUCCACAUUGUUCUGUCUUCAGAAGUCGACCAAAACGUUCGUCGUGAAGCUGGAAAUGUUCUGUCACAGACCUACCUAGACCUGCCUGGUCCAAUCGGGCGGAGUAUCAUCAGUGGAGUCUGGGAUUUGCUGCAGGAAUCGUAUAACCAGGGACCACAACAAAGCCCACGACCUCUGGGAGACAUCAAGCUGCACCACGCCCUCAACCAUAUCAUGCCAGCUAAAGCGGCUACUGCCCGAUCAGACCGAACAAUUCCUGCCUCGGUCCUCGAGAAGCAAGCCGUUGAUUCCGUGACGCUACUGCGGCCGGAGCUCAUUGCGCACACAGAGUGGAUUGCCUCAUGUUUAUCCAUGGGCAUCGACCCUGGAGAGCUUGCAAGUAAAGAGCACACUGCUUUGCUGCAGCAAAUUUCUGCCAAGUUUGAUCUGACAAAACUCGCCCCUUUGAAUCCGUUCGAGGUUGCUGCCGGUAACGCGGCAGCAUCUUUGGCCUUUGUCGCUCCUGACACCAUUACACCAAUCCUGGCAAGAUUUAUUGCCGAAGACCUUGAUCCUCGUCAGCUGGAUGACAUUGGGCCAACGGAAGCCACUAUCGCUCGUGCGCCUGAAGGUCAAGUAUUUGUCGAUGUGCUUGCGCAGAAGCCGAACGGAUAUGUUGAGAACAAAAAUGUCAAAGACUACGAUAUCAUGAAGUGGGAAGAGGAAAUGCGUACCAAGCUAGCUCAGAAGAAAGGCCCGCAGCCCAAGAAGCUGACUCCCGACCAGCAAGCCAAGGUUGAUGCGCAACUGAAACACGAAACAGCUGUGCGUCAGAGGGUGCGCGAAGUGUCCGCGCGUUUACGGAGAGGGUCGCAGUAUAUCUUGAGCCUCGCCCGAGGACCUCCCACCGAUCCUAGCCAGUGGAUGUCGACCGCUGUUUUGUCGCUCAUGGCGGCGUUGUCAGCAGGAGGAGACCUUGUCGUUGACGACGAGUUGUUCUCAGCUUUCAUAGCUUGCUCCUCAAAGGUGAGUGACCGCGUAGGCACCAUGCGGCCUUUUAUCGGUAUAGCCACCCUUCGCUCUCUGCGAAAUGCUGCUGUGCCCGAGCACUUCGUCUCUGAGCCGCUGGGCGACCUUGUUACCCGAGUGCUAUACCGCCUACGAUUUGCGGCAGAGCAGCGCCCAUUUGACACCGCUUCCAUGGCGUAUAUGCUUCCCCUUGUAUUUGCUGUUCUAGACCAGGGCGGCGUUGGCGAGCUUUCGAGCGAAGAUGCCGAUGCUCAAGUACUUCUCGCCAUGGAGUUCUUGUCAUUCCAAAUGAGCUCGUGCGAUGAUCGUAACGUCUCAAGAGAGGACAUCAUCAAACACCUGAUCUCGGCUAUGCAGCACUAUCCGCAGCAUCAUCGUCUGAUGAAGGAUUGCCUCACAGAAAUGUGCAAAGCUAUUUCAGAAACCAUCGGUGAGUCAGAGCUGGAUAUUCUUCUAGCAUCGACAACUGCUCCUCAGUCCGCUGUUCGAGCUGCUGUGUUGCAAGCCAUUGAAAGCGAGCUUGAUCUCACGAACACGGCACCCUCCGUCAACAUCUGGAUCGCAUGUCAAGAUGAGGAGGAUGAGAAUGCCGAGACUGCCUUAAGCAUCUGGGAAGAAAGCAGCUUCUCUAUGAGUGAAGAGCUUGUAAAGGUGUUACCUGCAUUCCUUUACAGUCCGGCGAGGUCAACUCGUACUGCUACCGCAAAAGCGCUGGCGCAGGCUUUAUUGGUGCUAAACAGUCAGACGCCUGUCGUUGUGGACCAGCUGAAGGUUGCCUAUGCCGAAGAGGCGAAACCUCUUGCGCCAAAAGCCAACAAGUACGGCAUUAUUCAGAAGGGCGACCUGGUUGAUCAAUGGGAGCGACGAAGCGGUUUGGCGCUUGCCUUCCGGGAGCUGUCCACGGUUUACGACCAGUCGAUGAUUGUGCCCAUCCUGGACUUCUUCGUCAAUCAAGGGCCCCUCGCGGAUCGCCAUUCUGCGGUGCGCGCGGAAAUGGUUGAGGCCGGUAAAGUUAUCGUGGCCACUCGCGGUAAAGACAGCCUUGAGCCACUAAUGAAGCUGUUCGAGGGUAUUCUGCAGCAGCCUGACAAAGGGACACAGGAAUUUGAUUGGAACAAUGAAGCUGUGAUCGUUCUCUACGGAUCAGUUGCGCAGCAUUUGCCGGAGAGCGACAAGAGGACAGAGACUGUUGUUUCCAAGCUCAUUGACACCCUUAGUACACCCUCCGAAUCGGUACAAUAUGCUGUCGCUCAGUGUCUUCCGCCCUUGGUGCGACCCAAGUCUGUCGAUGUCUCCUCCAAUAUCACCGCACUCCUCGAGCAGCUGUUCGAGCACAAGAAGUACGCGGCCAGACGAGGUGCUGCGUAUGGCUUGGCUGGUAUCAUCAAAGGAAAAGGCGUUGCAGCCCUUCGACAAUACCGUGUCAUGUCCUCUCUCAGAAGCGCAAGCGAGAACAAGAAAAGUGCCGAGCAUCGCCAGGGAGCUCUUUUCGCCUACGAGCUCAUGUCGCUGCUACUUGGGCGUAUGUUUGAACCUUACGUUGUUGAAAUUCUCCCUCAGCUACUGGGAUGCUUUGGUGACCCAAAUGCCGGCGUUCGGGAAGCAUGCUUGGACACGGCGAAGACUUGCUUCGCUAGCCUCAGUUCCUUCGGUGUUCGCAAAGUCCUGCCGCAGCUACUUGAAGGUUUGGACGAAACACAAUGGCGAAGCAAGAAGGGUGCUUGCGACCUUCUGGGCGCUAUGGCUUAUCUUGACCCUCAACAACUGGCAACGAGUCUGCCUGAUAUCAUCCCACCUCUCACGGCGGUUCUCACAGACAGCCACAAGGAAGUUCGUUCAGCGGCGAACAAUAGUCUGCAGAGAUUUGGCGAAGUCAUCACGAAUCCCGAAGUCAAGAGUCUGGUCAAUGUUCUGCUCAAGGCUCUCAGCGAUCCGACGAAGUACACAGAGGAAGCUCUUGACAAUCUCAUCAAGGUCAACUUCAUUCACUACCUCGACGCGCCAUCCCUGGCCUUGGUUGUACGCAUCUUGGAACGUGGCCUGAGCGAUAGAUCAUCGACAAAGCGCAAGGCUGCACAAAUCAUCGGCAGUCUGGCACAUCUCACCGAAAAGAGAGACAUUGUGGUUCAUCUGCCUAUUCUUGUCAAUGGCCUUCGGCAGGCAACUGUCGACCCCGUUCCAGCAACCCGUGCUACUGCAUCAAAGGCUUUGGGCAGCCUUGUCGAGAAGCUUGGAGAGGAUGCCUUCCCCGAUCUCAUUCCAAGCCUGAUGUCUUCACUGCGGACAGAAACUGGCGCUGGAGACCGACUCGGCUCUGCUCAGGCUCUCAGUGAAGUCCUUGCUGGGCUUGGUACAACUCGUCUGGAAGAGACUCUGCCAUCCAUCCUGCAGAAUGUCUCGAGCGCUCGUGCGACUGUGCGCGAAGGCUUCAUGACCUUGUUCAUCUUCUUACCGGCUUGCUUUGGCAAUAGCUUCGCGAACUAUCUGGGCCAAAUCAUUCCUUCUGUUCUCAGUGGUCUAGCAGAUGAAGUUGAAGCUAUCCGCGAAACUUCCCUGCGCGCUGGUCGCUUGCUGGUGAAGAACUUUGCGACCAAAGCUAUUGACCUGCUAUUGCCCGAGCUGCAACGUGGCCUGGCGGAUGACAGCCACCGCAUUCGUCUGAGCUCUGUCGAGCUUGUUGGCGACUUGCUGUUCAGUCUGACAGGCACUUCUGCCCAGGAUGAUGGUGAUGAGGAUGCUAUGGAGUCGGCAGCUCAAGCUGGACAGUCGCUUCUCGAUGUGCUGGGAGAAGAGCGCCGGAACAAGGUCUUGUCUUCCAUUUACAUUUGCCGCUGCGACACUUCUGGUCUGGUCCGAUCAGCGGCCAUCAAUGUUUGGAAGGCUCUGGUGGCGACUCCCAAGACUUUGCGCGAAAUUGUGCCUACACUGAUCCAGAUGAUCAUUGGUCGGCUGGCAUCGUCUAACAUGGAGCACAAAGUCAUUGCUGGCAACGCGUUGGGCGAAGUCAUCCGGAAAGCUGGCGAGGGUGUCUUCACAUCCCUCCUGCCAUCGCUUGAAGAAGGUUUGCAGACAUCCACCGAUGCUGACCAGCGACAAGGCAUCUGCAUUGCCCUACGCGAGAUCGUCAACGCCGCAUCUCCUGAUUCGCUCGAGGACAACGAAAAACAGCUCAUCUCUAUCGUGCGGGUUGCGCUUGUUGACUCCGAUGAUGAUGUCCGUGAAGCUGCUGCUGGAUCUUUCGACGCUCUGCAGCAGACCUUCGGCAAGCGUGCCGUUGACCAGGUCCUUCCCCAUCUACUCAGUCUCUUGCGCAGUGAUGACGAGGCGGACAAUGCCUUAUCUGCUCUGCUCACGUUGCUCACUGAGACAACAAGGGCAAACGUCAUCCUUCCCAACCUGGUACCGACUUUGCUCGUGAACCCAAUCACCAGUUUCAAUGCCAGAGCCCUCGCUUCACUGGCCAAGGUUGGAGGAUCAAGCAUGACCAGACGCUUACCAGCAAUCCUCAACAACCUGGCCGACAACAUCGUCGGCUGUAAGGACGACGAGCUGAAAGUGGAGCUUGAUAGUGCCUUUGAUGCUGUUUUGACGUCUGUGGACGAGUAUGAUGGGCUUAAUACCGCUAUGAGCGUCAUGCUCACCAUGGUCAAACACGAUGAUCAUCGUAAGAGAGCAGUCGCCGCCAAACACCUGGCAAACUUCUUUGCCGCUUCAGAAGUCGACUACUCGCGCUACAAUCAAGAUCUCAUCCGUGUGCUGCUCAUCUCCUUCGGCGACCGAGACAAAGAUGUGGUGCAGUCCGCCUGGUCAGCUCUGAGCCAGCUACAAUCCCACAUCCGUAAGGAGGAGAUGGAAGCACUCGUUGGGUCUACGCGUCAAACCCUGCAACAAGCUGGUACUGCGGGCUCCAUGCUUCCUGGCUUUGCUCUUCCCAAAGGCAUGCUACCUGUGCUGCAGAUCUUCCUGCAAGGCCUCAUGAACGGCACCCAGGACCAACGUGUUCAAGCUGCGAUGGGUAUCUCAGACAUCAUUGACCGCAGCAGCGCCGAUUCCCUCAAACCCUUCGUGACGCAGAUUACCGGUCCUCUGAUUCGAGUUGUUGGCGAGCGCUCCCUCGAAGUCAAAUGUGCCAUCCUCUUCACUCUCAACCAAUUGCUAGAGAAGAUCCCUACGUUCCUACGGCCCUUCCUGCCUCAACUGCAGCGCACAUUUACUAAAUCCAUCGCGGAUCCUUCCAGCGCGCUACUGCGCCAGCGUGCCACCAAGGCCCUGAGCACGCUCAUCACAUUGACCCCACGCGUUGAUCCCCUGAUCGCAGAACUCGUGACGGGUGCAAAGACUCCUGACGCAGGUGUCCGCAGCGCCAUGCUCAAGGCCCUUCAAGAAGUCGUCAGCAAGGUCGGCGGCGCUAUGAGUGACACCUCUCGCGAAGCUAUCCUGGCGCUGAUGGACCAGAACCAGCCCGACACCACCUCGUCAACCGGCGACAGCACAAUGGAAACCUACGCGCGCCUGCUCGGCGGCAUGAUCAAAGUCCUCCCAGCUGAGAAGGCCGGCGCACUCAUCCGCGCACGCGUCCUGCUGCAGCCUGCCGCGACGCCGGCAUCAAUCCUUGCCCUCAACGCCUGCCUGCUCGACGCGCCAGCCUCGCUCCUGGACAGCUACGCCGACGAAACCCGGAGCACGAUCACCAAUGCGCUCUCGAGUCCGAAGGGCCAUUUCAUAGCUCAGAACGCCGUUCUUGCCGCCGGCAAGUACCUGCUGAUACCUGGCACGCUCGAGAAAAGCGAGGACGAAGAGGACAUUGCCCCACUCAUGUCGGCAUUGGCAGCCGCCAUCCAGCCACCAGGCGAUAUCGACACGCGCCGCCUGGCCCUCGUGGUCACGCGCACGGUUGCCCGACACCACCACGCCGCUCUGCAGCAAUUCCUCGGCCAGCUGGCGCCGGCGGUGUUCGCAAGCGUGCGCGACGCCGUCAUCCCCAUCAAGCUUGCGGCGGAGGCGGCGUUCCUCGCGCUCUUCAACGUCGUGGACGAGGAAGGGGCCGUGUUUGACGCCUUCAUGAAGGAGGGGCCGGGCAAGGGGAUGCCGGUGGGCGGGCAGCGUGCCAUGGGGGAUUAUUUCAAGCGCGUGGCGCUGAGGUUGGGGGCGCAGGCGAGGGAGAGGAGGGAGGCCGAGGGUGGGGCGGGCGGACUGGGCCUGAGUGGUGAUGAGGUCGAGGAUGAGAGGGAGGUGUGGAGUGUGGGGAGGGUGGAUUUGGGGGAGGGGGGGUUUGAGGAGUGA